AUGGCGACUGCCCUCCAGAAGCAGCUCGCGGCGAUUGCUGCGUCGAGCACCCACCAACUCGACCUCAAGGCGCAAAAGUCGGCACAUGGAAAGUCGCUGCUAUUUGAACCCAAGAUUGCAGCUUCGCAGUCUUUCGAAACCGUUUACUUAAUAUGCUAUGAGGGCUUCCGGGAUCUGUGCGCGCUCGAUUCGCGCUUUCUUCAAUUUUCAAAAAGCUUGUUCAGCGAGCAGAGCAAGGUCGAGGACCGGACGCAGAUGACCAAGGAGGAGAACAAGAAGCUGAAUGCCGUCGUGGAGGCUUUUAUCACAUUAGUCGUGAACACGCCCGGGUUCUUCAAUGCGCUACAGGCGCACACAGUCAGGGUGGUCAAGGCUGGCCACCAGGCGCCGCAGAUGAUUUCCUUCUGGUCCACCAUCACCCUGGAAGCAGUUUUUGGCAUACUCGAAAACACUAGCUCUGGAAGGAGAGACAUCCAAUCGCAAAAGACAGAAGAGCUAGUUUUGAGGAUACUCCCAGUUUUGAACAGCUGUAUGCAGGCGAAAUACGGUGCUGAGACUGUGGCCGCAUGCUACAGUAUCGUCACUGUACUGGCAGGAAGAGGCGAGCUGGGCGAGAAGGUGCUGGACGGUCUUAUGGAGGCUGUAGUCCUGGCUCACGAAGCGGACUCGCUGAAUGCCUGUCUUCAAUGUUUGGCUGUCCUCGCAGAGCAGAGGUCGCCCGCACAACUCCCACCCCGCGUCAUCCGCAGACUUCUCAAAGUACCACAGCUCUCACAAAAGCUUGUCCAGAUCUCGAAGCAAUGCCGCGUACACCGCCUUACACUCGGAUGUGCUCUUGGCGCACUCGCCAGUAUCGACCGCUUAGAGGAGCAACGCGACGUGUUCCAAGAACUGAUGGCUUCAGGCUUGCUCACUGAAGCCUACACACGAGCCGCGCUUGCUGCGCUCGUCACCUCAAUACGUGACUCUGCGCCUGGAUCUACUGAACAUGGACAGCUGCUCGACCUCGCAGCCCAACUUGCAGAAACGACUUAUUUCCUUGAUGGAAUGCGCGCCGCCGCAAAGUCUGACAACGUGGACCUGGAAUCUCUAGGACUUACACUUGCCCCGGCCUUGGAAACUGCGCAAAUCGACAACGAUGAGGAUGAGGAUAUGCUCGACGUUGACGAUGUAUCAAGCCAAGCGAUCGCGGCGCCCAAGGUUGAAGUUCCAGACUUUGCAGUGCAGAGCUUCCUGGAAUUGGAUGCAUCUCAGAGCUUCGCAGAGGUGGCCAAUGCUUUUGAGCGUGCGGUAUCAACACAUCAGUCUUCGCCAUUCUUGGCUUCGAAAUCUCUGGGCAAGGAGAACGCUAUGCACAGCAAUUUAUACUUGAGCCUCCUGGCCAGAAUCUGGUGCAGUUCACAAUUGCCUGCCGCACGCAUUGCAGCACUUCGCGCAGCUGCGGCAACACUGAAGUCAGCCGAAGACACUUGCGACUUCCAGAACUUGAUUCCGUAUCUCCUACACGCGUUGGCAGAUCCGUCUGCUCCCGUUCGACGCGCUGCGGCAGCUUGUACUGUCGCACUUUCGGAGGCUUCUGGAUCACAAGCCAACACAUCGACCUGGGGAAGCUCCAAAUUAUACGGUAGCUCUGGAAAGGCCCAGAAACACGUCAGCCAAGUUGUUCAGCUGAAGUCCGAAGACGUGUCUACUCUACUUUCCUCCAUCCUGAUUCCCAUGCUCGAGGAGAGCGUCAUGGACCCAACUUUCGCUAUUCCUGCGAUCCGAGAAGUGUUAGAAGGAUCUAAGGGUAGCAAGUCUCAACCGAAGCAUGGAAUGAACGCGCAGACAAGGACUUACUAUCGGCUCUCGUUCUUUGCCAGCCAUCUCAGUCUGUCUCCCCUGGUACGCAUACGUAUCAUUCUUUUCCCGAUCUUCAACUUUUCCGGUAAAGUUUCAGAUACUGUCCGUAGCAACACCAUCCUACCGCUCAUCCAGGGAUGGUGCACACUUCCUCUGGCAGAGGCAUCAAAGGUGUGUGAUGUAGAGAAGGUGACCUUGGAAGAUGCGUACAGGGGGCAUCUGAAUGCACUCGUUGCCAGAGAAGCCAAGAGCGUGCAGUUGCUGAACGAGCUCAUGAUUGAGAGCUUAGACUCUAGCAAAAGACUGCUCGCUGAGGCCGUUUUUGACAAAGUUGCCGCUGUUUGGCCAGCGACAAAGUCUGAGCAGCGAGUAACGCUAGCACGCACUUUGCUCGACAUGUCAUUCAAAGAGGGCAAGGACGAUGGCGAGAAGCAAUGCCGCGAGCGAGCUAUUGAAAUCCUACGAAACGUCAAGCAUGACUCCGCCACGCUACUGACCUUCUUGGAGAGCGUUCCUGCUGCUGUCCAGAUGCCCGAGGGUCCUCCAACCAAGAAGAGACGACGAACGAGUCGCAAUGAGAUGGCUCGCGUGGAAUUGGCCUCGCAGGACGAUGUACAGCGAUUUGUUGCGAAAGCUGACUUUGGUUUCUUUGAGCUUAUCGAAGGCUCGAAUCCGGGACAACCAUCCCAGCCCUUUUCAAGAGUCUAUUCACUGUCUUCAACGACUUGGCAACCACUCAAGCAACAGUCCGGAUCAGAGCUGGUCUACGUGCAAAGCAUGAUCCUGGGCUCUCUGACGCCUAUUGUCGACACUCUCAAGGUCAGUGAUCUCGUUGUCCACGGUUUCAUGCAUGCUAACACCGUUCAGCAACAAAAGGACACUGCGGACUACCAGUCUUCCGUUCGUGCUGAUCUUCUCAUCGACUGUAUCCGGCACUCUACCAGCCCGCAGGUGCAGAACAGCGCAUUGCUACUGAUUGCCAACCUUGCAUCAUGGGUGCCAGAGCUGAUUCUACAUAACUUGAUGCCUAUCUUCACCUUCAUCGGGUCUACGCUGCUUCGCCAACAGGAUGAUUACUCCGCACAAGUUGUCGACAAGGUAUGGUGCUAUCACUUUACUCAGACCAUUUCUCGUGUGGUACCGCAACUGGCUGCCUCCCUCCGCGCAAAGCACAAGAACUUCCUCACUGGUGUCUCCGAUCUCUUGCUAAGCUUCACCGCCGCUUUUGAGCAUAUCCCAUUGCACCGUCGACUGAAGUUAUUUUCGGAACUUGCACGGACGCUUGGCCCGCAGGACUCGCUCUCGGCAAUCAUUUCCUUGCUCGCGGAUCGCUACCACAACGGCAAGACUCAGCGCAGGUUCUCCACGGAGCUGUUACUCGUCUUCGACCCGAUCCAUACACUCGAUGCCAUCAAGGGCUAUCUCGAUCUCGUUGUCGACGCUGCAGGACCGAAGCGCAAGGUGUCCGACAGUUUGUUUGGACUGAACGACAAGACUGCGGCGCAGGUCGAAACGGCUAUCAAGAACCUGCUUGUUUCUUUGGCUGACCUUGCUACGGAUGACCGACUACGAGCACACGUAACGAGAGCCUUUCGACGAAAGGACGACCCGGCGAGGCCACGAGAAGUGUUUGCUAAUAUCGUCGAGACCACAAUUCAGCUUUCCAAGAAGGUGGCAUCAUCCCCCAAACUGUAUGAAGCCUGCAGUCGGGUGCUCGCGAACUGCCUGGAUCUUCUUCCCACGACCGAUCUGGUCAAGUCGGCUGAGUUGCUACUCGUGAACACAGACCACCAAGUGCAGAUCGCUGCUAUCAAGGCUGUCGAGCUGCGAGCUGGAAAUGCUGUACAGAACGACAAGAAGUCUGUCAUAUCUUUAAUCUCGUUCUUGCCAAGUGUCGAGAAAGUGCUACAACAAUCCCAGCACACGGACGCUAAGAUCAUUUCAGUCGGCUGCAUCGACCGGAUUGUCGAGCGCUUCGGCAAGAAAGACAUGACCGCUGUCGCGUCCAUCGCUCAGACCAUCGCCGGAUCACAAGCCCUUUCCAGUGGUAAUGAUACAAUCCGUGUCCUGUCAUUGCUAUGUCUUACCUCUAUUGUUGAUGUCCUCGAAGACGAGGCUAUCGCUCUACUGCCAACAGUACUGCCUACCGCUUUCGACUAUCUAUCGCAAGCUAUCGAGGGCGAGAAGAACGGUUUACACAAUGCUGUUUACUCGCUACUGUCAAACAUUGUCGAGAGACUAGGUUAUAUGUUCUCAAGAGACUACUUGGAGACGGCUCUCCGGUUAUCGCACCGAUCGGCGGUUGGUGGGCUUGAGGACACUUGCGAUGAGAGCCGCCGUACGUUCUACCAGAAUGUAUCCGAGCAUCUCGGUGCUCAGGAAACUUUCGCUGCGAUCAAGACAACCUGGCCGCAUGCUCUAUCCCAAGGCUUUGAGGCGUCAUCUGAACAUCUGGAACUUCUCCGCUCGACUGUCGACUUGCAGAGCAAGAGCAAGCUCAUAAAAGCCAGCUCGACACUGUCAGAGCAAGCGAUCGAUUCACAAGAAGAGCAAGAAUACGACGAUGAAGAGAUGAACCAGCUGGACAACACUCUGAUGAGUCGCACUUGCCAUGGUUCUGAAGCUCAACGAUGCCCACCUUCCGGCCCAUUCUUCGUACAGCUCGUGGAUCAGGAAGGGCCCAUGAGCGCGAAACCGGAGUAUGCUGUCACAUUCUACAAGUUCCUUGCGGCGUUCUUCGACAAGUUCAAGUCGGAUUGUUCACGAGCUACUCAAGCUACAUCAUCGACCACGCAGCCCAAGAUGCUGGAACAUGUUGCCCAGGAAGACGCAGAUUCGGAGCUGCGAAGUGCAGUCUUGGGCGCGUUACAGAAGUCGUUCCAGCACGAUCAAGAUGCAUUUUGGCAGGCACCCUCGCACUUUGGCACUAUCUUGAAGCCGCUUGUGAAUCUGCUUACCAUUUCUGCUACGGAGGAAGUUACGGAAGUCGUCAUUCCCACCAUCACCGAUCUUGCUGCGUCUUCAUCGUCUUCAAUCGACAAUCAUCGCGAGCUCAACACCAUCUUGCUGCGGUACAUGAGAUCGGACUCUGCAGCGACAAGACUGGCGACGGUCAAGUGCGAGCAAAGCCUCACGACGAGGCUUGGGGAGGAGUGGCUGGGCCUGUUGCCAGAGAUGUUGCCCUUCAUUAGCGAGCUCAGGGAGGAUGACGACGAGAUGGUGGAGAGAGAGACACAGCGAUGGAUUAGUCAGGUGGAGGGAGUACUUGGGGAGAGCUUGGAGGGCAUGUUACAAUAGUUGAUGAUUUUGGGAAGGUGUUUGAUGUGUAAGGGAAAAUGAGAUACCAUUCAGAGUCCAAUGAGUCUGUUGCGUGAAUUUAUGUAGCAGUGACACGC